AUGCCUGGGCCUGACAUAGCUGCUUCCAACACUGUUGCUCUGACUGACCAAGAUCAGGUGAUGGAGGACAUAACUGCCGAAGUGGAUGCAACAGCCCACAUGGAUUCGACGGCCGAAAUCGAUCACACUGUGACAUCUAACCUGCAGAAACCACCAACUCCAACUGCAGAGCCCAAUCGUGAUGUAGAAGAGAGACUCACUCAGUUGGAGCAAACAGUCGCCUUAUUGAAUCGCACCACCUUCAUUCAAAACAUUCAGUUGGAGUCCACUCGCGCAUCACUGCAUGUCAGACAACUCCAGCUGACUGAAGUGACAUGUCAUUUGGCCACAUUGGUCGUCGUUUACAAGGGCUUGCGUCGCGCAUAUGUUCCUGAUGACCCCAUGUUCCCUGCGCCUGCAUUGUCACAAUCCAAUAUCACCUUGCCACCAGGUAUCGGCUGGCAGCAGGUCGCUGACGAGAUUAUUAAUAGUGGAAUUUUCACCAGCCUAUCGCACCACUCGCAAAACCAGCCAGCAGCAGGAACAUCGGCCACACUAGGCAACUCAGCAUUGGGGAUCAUGGGAGUGGCAGGAGGGAUGUCAUCAGCAGAGAGGCAGAGGCAGGCCGACAUUCUGGCAGAGCAGGGUUCAUUUGCUGUGCUGGGAGAAACCGAUGAAUUGGCGUCAAGGCACAUCCCAACAACCUCACAUUCGCCUCCGGCCAAAUCAUCGCCUCUUGAGGCUGUAGCGACUCAAAUACCCAUGACACAUUUGCCUUCGGCCUCAGCACCACCUGGGAUGGCCACAGUGCAAGACCCAUUGACAGGAGCGCAUUCUGCAUCCUUCCCAGGUGCCCCAGUGGCAACCAAUUUCCCAGGCCGGCCUAGGUCUACUCGUCACUCUUGCACGCACCAAUAG